AUGGACAACUCAGACCCCAACGCCUUCACCCUGCCCUUCCAGCUGACCAAGACGAUCCGGCGCGAUGUCUACCCGCUGCUGGAGCCCACCCAGCCUGAGCUGUCGGCCAAGGGCAAGACGGUGCUAAUAACCGGCGUGUCUGGGGGCAUAGGCAAGGCCAUCGCCGAAUCCUGGGCCAUCGCGGGAGCGUCCGGCCUCGUGCUCACGGGACGCAAGGGAGAUGUCCUCGAGCAUGUCGCUUCCCGGGUCCGCUCCCUCGCCCCGCCCGGCACCAAGAUCCUCGCCCGCACGGCUGACAUCACGAACGAGGCGUCCGUCACUGAGCUCUGGGCAGCGGCCAAGGAGGCCGUCGGCAAGGUUGACGUGCUCAUCAACAGCGCGGGUAGCCUCAACGGGGGCCCCAUCGGCGGUGUCGACACCGCCAGCUUCUUCACUGACUUCCAGGUCAACGUGCUGGGCACCUACCUGGUCACGCACCACUUCCUCGCCCAGGCCGAGGGCGCUGGCACCGUCGUUAGCUUCACUACGGGCGCCAUUGGCAUGGUGUUUCCUGGUAUGGCGGGCUACACGGCCUCCAAGCUGGCCCUCGCCCGCAUCAUGGAGAACUUGCACGCAGAGCACGUGGGGAUUCGCGUCUUCUCGCUCAUCCCGGGCAUCGUCGACACCGACAUGACGCUCGAGUCGCUCAUGCCGUACGCAAAGGAUACCCCCGAGCUCAGUGCCAGCUGGACGCUCUUCCUGUCCACCCCGCGGGCUGAGUUCCUGCGCGGCGGAAUAGUUAGCGUGAACUGGGACAUUGAGGAGAUGGAGGCGCACAAGGACCAGAUUGUUGGAGAGAACCUGCUCAGUCGGGCAUUCCUAAACGCUAAGCUCGGCAAGGAUGGGCACCCCUGGUCGUAG